CCGGCAAGCAGAUCUGCGCCCAGCUCAUCGCAGCCAGACGCCACACCUGAAAGCAAAAUGGCUCCGCUGAUUCUUUACAACCAUCCCUUGAGCCCUCCAUGCCGUCUGGUACGACUGAUCGCCGGUAUCAUCGGUGUUGAUCUAAAAAUAGAGGAUGUAAAGGACGUCUAUAAGGACUUGAAGACGCCUGAAAUGUUGAAGAAAAAUCCCCAACACACAGUUCCUGUAUUGGUAGACAAUGACCUGUACAUUAGUGAAAGCCGUGCCAUUGUCAUGUACCUCGUCUCAAAGUAUGCGAAGGAUGAUUCUCUGUACCCGAAGGAUGUAAACAAACGUGUUCUCGUCGACCAGAGGUUAUUUUUUGAUCAAGACUUGUUCAAGAGAAUUUUGAAUGUUUUCAUGCCAGUAUUUCAAGGCAAAGAAGUGGAACCCAGCAGCAUUGAGAAAGCGAACGACGGUCUGGAAACUUUGAACCGAAUGUUGGACAGCAAACAGUUUCUGGCAGGAGAUAAGGUUACUAUUGCUGAUUACGCCGUCGCUAAUAGUCUGUUGGCAUUGGAGUUAAACCCAAAGAGUGGAGUUGAUGCUACGAAGCAACCUAACGUUAAGCAAUGGCUUCCACGUGUGGAAAGUUCUCACCCAGUAUACGGGAAGAUCGUCAAAGAAUAUCAUGAAGCCCUGAAGAAAAUGAUGCAGAAGUAAAUGCAUUUAAUAUGUACUCGUCUUGUAUAUGUGUGAAAAUAGUAAAAGUGCCAAGAUUUCUAAUCAAAUAAAGUCAUUAUUUUAUUAA